CCCCCCGGUGUCGUAGGAACAGCGCUGCCGCCUGCUAUCCAACAUGGAGUAGUGAGAGAGAUGGGGCUCUAGCGGGGCCACCCCUCGGCAACAGCGGCGAAGACGCGCUUUUUUCUUACGCACAACUGGAAGCGGAGUCGUCGGUGAAAACAUGCGCCUUAGGACUUAAAAAAAACAAAAAACAAAAACCGGAGCGUGUGUGAGGGAGGGAGAGUGUGAGUGUUUGUGUGUGUUUGGUGGUGGGGGGGUAGAGAGAAUCAAGAGCUGGAUUCGGAAACCAACAUUUAGCAGUGCAGCCUGCGUUUCUCCACUGAUUGGGUAUUAAAGUUCCACACGGAGGAGAGGAGGUUCAUUUCUUUUUUCCUCCAAAAGAAAAACAGCGUGGCUCCAGGGGAGGAAAGAAGGAGAAGAAGAGGGAGAAUUUCAGGGAGAGAGAGGAGAAAAAAAAAAGGGCUGUCGAGGGCAAAGCCCGAGAGCCGACACUCGCACAAAGGCGCAGGGGGGAUUUAUGCGCAAUCGGACACAGGAUCGGAGGUGGAAGAAUGACGAGUGAAAAGUAUGCAACCGCCGUGGUACAUUACCUGAGGUGAAACGAAAAAAUGAUAGAGGAAACACACCCAAACGAUGACAGCUACAUCGUGCGUGUGAAAGCGGUGGUGAUGACGCGGGACGAUUCAAGCGGCGGCUGGCUGGCUCAAGAUGGAGGGGCCCUCAGCCGGGUGGGCGUUUGUCGCCUCCUUCCCUCAGAGGUGACGCAUCUUUCUGGCUCCAGCACUUCCCAGUUCGUCAUCCGGGGAGAGCGGCUGCGUGACAAACAGGUGAUCCUGGACUGUCCGCUGAGGAAGGAUAUAGUGUACACCAUUGCAAUGCCCACAUUUCACCACUGGAAGGUGGAGGACCGGAGGUGUGGCUUGUCCUUCCAGUGUCCAGCUGAUGGCAGAGCUUUCGACCGGGGGGUGCGGAAGGCAAUAGAGGACUUGGCUGAAGGCUCCACAACCUCCUCUACAGCGCUCCAGAAUGAGGGAGAACUGGGAGACGAUGACGUUUUCACUAACGCCACGGACAGCUCGUCCAACUCCUCUCAAAAGUUGGACGGCUCCCUGCCACCGCCUCUCGAGUCCUCACCCCUUCCUCAGAGACACAAGUGCCCAUCAGGACAUCGACAUGACCUGCAUGACUCCUACCGCCUCACAGACCACUACUACUUGGACCAGCCAUCGUCUCGGAUUCACCGACAUGUCACCUUCGAUGAGGAGAUUGUCCGAAUAAACCCGAGAGAGCGGAGCUGGGAGCGAAGCACGGAUCGCUUCCUUGGACGGCAAGCGGAGCGCUCCUGGAUCACGGGCUACGAGGACUACAGACACGCAAUAGUGCGUGACAGAUUCAUCCACUCGGAUGACUCUGAAUCCUAUGUACACUUCGACAAAACAGAGGCGCAUAAACACGACUAUACUUACCCCCUGGCUCCGGCCCUGUCGCCUUCAGACUCUGAUCCCGCCCUAGGAUCCUUGAACUCGAAGGGUCACGGCGGCUCCUACCACCAACCCUUCUCCUCUGUCGUCUCUAACCAGCCCCGCUCAUUUUUCGCGAGCUCCUCCCCAUCCUCCAAUGGAAGGAAGGGGCGGAAGGACAAUGGGUUGGAACGUGCUCAGUGUGAGCACUGUGGCGAGACCUUUUACCUCUCUGAAAAUCGGAGAGGACGCUGCCAAGAUGCUCCAGACCCCUUGCGCGUGUGUAUCCGACGGGUCAGUUGCAUGUGGCUGGCAGACACCAUGCUCUAUCACUGCAUGUCUGACCCCGAAGGGGAGUACUCGGACCCUUGCUCCUGCGACGGGGGCGAGGGCAGCGGCGGCGGCCGUCUAGGCACUCGCUGGUUGGCUCUUCUCGGUCUGUCCGUGGUGGCGCCCUGCCUUUGCCUUUACCCACCCCUCCACGCUUGCCACCGGGCGGGGCUGGCAUGCGGCUGCUGCGGAGGCCGACACAAGGCCCAGAGCUGAGACGCCCUGCUUGGAAUCUUCUGAGGAAAAUCCAAAAAAACUUAAGCCAACGCAAGCACAGGGAAAAGGAGGGAUGGGGAAAACGCUCACAGAGGAGGGACAAGUGGCCACAGCUGCUCGCUCUCUUGCCUUGGUUUUUCUGGGUUUCUCUACAAAUUCCAGAAUCUGAAAUAAGCCAAAUAAGAAAAAAAAAAAACAGUUGUUGCAUUUUGUGAACAGCCUGGGAAGAUAAGCUC